CGUUGUAGAGUCGGGGCCUUUGAAAGGAGAAGCACCGCCUGCCGCUCGAGGCGCCGUUUUGAUUUUUGGGAAGCGAUCGCUUGCCGGAUCACCGUUUCGGCGAUAGAAAUGUUUCUAUCUUCAUGCUCAUUAAUCGGAUGCGGUUGCGCUUAGUGAAUUCGCAUUUUGGAGGCGGUAGUUAAGGUCUGUGCAGCCAGGCAGGCAAUCGCAGCAGUGAGAGGCAACAACCAUGGCGGACUCGGGCGUGGCGAAGCGAGAGGAUGUUCCCGAGGGAGCUGGAGAUUCGUUAGACUCGUCCUCGCAGUUGUCCGAAAUGACAAAUGUGGAGUCGGACGUGACUUCGGGGGAGGAAGACAGCGUGAGCACAAUAGGUGCUGUGAAUGGACAGUUGUCGACUGUACGACAGCGCAAUAGCGUCCACUUCAAGUCCAUAGACAGUGGCAAUCUUCUAGACGAUAGGCCCGGGAAGAAAAGACUCAUGGAGGAGAGGAUUGUCACUCAAAAAGUUGAAGUCAGCACGAAAUUCGUCCUGCGGGGGUCUACGCCCGCGCAUCAAAAGAUUAAGGAGAGCCCCUUGAGUUCGGAUGCAAUCUUUCGACAGAGCCAUGCUGGGCUAUUCAAUCUUUGUAUCGUGGUUUUGAUAGCUGUCAACAGCCGGCUUAUUAUUGAGAACUUGAUGAAGUAUGGACUGCUGAUUAGGACGGGUUUCUGGUUCAGUUCGAAGUCUGCACGCGAUUGGCCACUUUUGAUGUGUGGUUUGACCUUGCCAAUUUUUCCUUUGGCGGCGUUGCUAGUAGAAAAACUGUGCUGGGAAAAUAUCAACGGAAAAGUGGUGAUAUCAAAUGUUUCAGAAAGAGUAAUUUUUGUACUACAUCUUAUCAUCAGUACUGUCGGCAUCCUCUAUCCUGGAUAUGUAAUACACAGGGUGCAAUCCGCAUUGUUGUCCGGUCUCGUAUUGAUAAUCAUUGCAGUAACUGGGUGGAUGAAGCUAAUAUCUUAUGCUCACACCAACAAGGACCUGCGAGAACUUCUGAAAGCUGGGGAAAAGCAGCCUGAGCCACCACAGCAUGCAGAAAAGAUUGAAGUUCCGAACCAUCUCACUGUCAAAAAUAUUACUUAUUUCAUGCUAGCACCCACACUUUGCUAUCAGUUGAGCUAUCCUCGUUCUGAUACGAUUCGAAAAGGCUGGGUGUUGCGGCAAGUCGGGAAGUUGGUGGUUUUCCUGGGUUUAAUGGGAUUUAUCAUUGAACAGUACAUAAACCCCACUGUAAAGAACUCGCAACACCCACUCCGGGGCAACUACCUUCAAGCACUGGAGAGGAUUUUGAAGCUCUCCUUGCCAGUUCUCUACGUUUGGCUCUGUCUAUUCUACUGUUUCUUUCAUCUCUGGUUGAAUGUAGUAGCAGAGCUACUUUGCUUUGGAGACAGGGAAUUUUACAAAGACUGGUGGAAUGCGCAAACAGUUGAAGAGUAUUGGCGAAUGUGGAACAUGCCUGUGCACAAGUGGAUGGUGCGGCAUAUAUAUUUUCCUUCCAUUCGAGCUGGUUUACACAAGUCAACAGCAGUGCUACUGGUGUUUGCAAUUUCUGCUUUGUUUCAUGAGGUUGUCAUUGGUGUUCCCUGUCAUAUGCUUCGAUGCUGGGCUUUUCUUGGCAUCAUGUUGCAGGUUCCUUUGGUGUACUUGACAAAUGUGAUUAAAGAGCGAUAUCACAAUUCUAUGGUUGGAAAUAUGGUAUUUUGGUUCUUUUUCUGCAUUGUGGGGCAACCCAUGUGCUUGCUCUUGUACUACCACGAUGUUGUCAACUUUUCCAGCAACUGAACAGGGAAGACCACUUGUUAGUGCAGUUCCUAGCUUUGUUGAAUAGCAUUCCUCAGCUGCACCAGGAUAUGAUUCUUUUUAAGGUCAGCCAAAUGGCACCUCAUAUGCUUUUCUAUAAUGAUUCAUUUGGAGGUAGAUUACGAAGGAGAAUAUAUUCUUGGCCAGCUAGAGGUGAAUUAGUAACAAUUGUAUUUAGUUUCGAGCUAGGAGUAUUUAGGGUUCUUGUUAGGGUAGUUGCUGAUUGACUAAGAGACUUUGUAAGAGCUUUUGGAAGUAGUCUUGAUCUCUCAGUGAAGUACUGACUGACGAUAGUUCAUUCCUCAUGAUGUCCUGGUGAUUUUGGGCUUUCUAAUAUCUAGAAGCUUCUUCUCUCACAAUUGUAUAGGAUUAGUUGUGACUUUCUCCCAGGUCUGUCGCACAAAAUAGCAUCAUUUUCUGAGUAAUUUUCGGAAAUCGGCAGGAGCAUUUGUGUCUCAAGAUGUGGUAGUAGUAUUGUGCUCGAUAUAACGGCACAUGAUCAGAGUUUAUAUUGCAAGUUUUGCAGCCUUCAAUCGUUUCUCCUCAACUUCUCAUGUCCUCUUUAAGAUGUCGCAUUCUAGUAUGAAAUAGUCUAAUUUCAUCUAAUGAAAGAUUGGUGAUUCCUAGAUCACUGAAUUCGUGGCAUUCGACCAGGCCAGGCGACAUGAUAGAUUUUAGUAAUUUUUAGAUUUGUUUCUUCUGUAAGUGAACUUUCCCGAAGAAGAUAUUUUGGGGAGGUUCACUAAUCCCAUCUGGAAGGUAGCUCGAAAAAACUCAGUUCACUUGUUGUAUUGUGAGACACAGUGCUACGAGAACUCUUCACAAGAUGUCUGUGAAGUUUUGCAUGUCCAAAACUGGAGUGAAGUGUUGUUCAAGCCCAUUAAAAAUCAACACGCACUUUGAGCCUUGAAUGCUACCAAUCAAAAUAGCUUUUAUCAUUAACACUAGGUCUCUCUGGCUAGUGGUAGUAAAAGGCCCCAUUUCUAUCCAACACUCUUGGUAUGCGCAUUGAAAUGCAAAUUGGAAAUGCUACCAUGUAGGACAAUGAAGUAAUGAACAAAGUACAAAAGUAAUUUUUAUAAAACAAAAAAUAGUAAACAAUAAAUUCCAACAAUUAUGCAAAUGAAAAUGAAUGAGUUAAGUUUUCUCAGUGAACCUCCAAAGUAGCAUGUAAAGCGAUUCUAAAUCAAAUUUAUGAAUCCCUUUGUUAGUUGGACAUUGCGGGGUGUCUAUUAUGACCAGAUGAUGACAAAUACGCCCAUAAUGGCUUGUAAUACCAAAUGUUUCAUCACCGACCAAUAAUACUUUAAAAUGAAUACUAGUUGCAAAUGCUAAUGACACAAAAUAGAUGAUUGACAAACAAUUCCAACUAACCAAAUCUCAACAUGCAUCAUUUUUCUAAAAUAUUUUUUUUGUAACAGUUUAACAAUUCCUGUUUAAUGCUUGAAGAUAAUUCAAUAUGGAGAACAACUAAAAAAAACAACAAAAUCAGUGAAAUCUACCUCAAAAGAUUGAAAAACUGGAUUCUACGCCACUGGUCCCAAGGGCAAAAUCACCACUUAAUGGCUCCCGCUACAGCUUAACUGCUUGCUGUCGUGAUUACCUUCACAUGGAUCAUUUGCGUUUGGAGUGGCCUUAAAAAAA